AUGUUACACGCGACCGAUGAUUUCGACCUCUGCAAACAGAAAAAGAUGGGAUCUGUGCUCUCCAUGUUGGGGGUUCGGGGCGGUUUUGACAGGCCUAGGAGAUAUGCGGACCAUAUAUAUGGACAUCUUACCUCCGGUUUCCCGAAAGAUUUCAACAACUUCAUCGCUCUGGCGGGGGACCGAGAUAUUGAUCCUGCCCUAUUACCCGCCCCGCAAACCUCGAUCGGGACCUUCUUUUAA